AUUUUUAUGAAACAAAGAUAUAAUAAAAUUAAUGCUACAUUUAUUACGUUACUUGAUAAUAUGAGAUUUCCAGAAUCUGACGAACAAAUGGCUUCACCGCAAUACAACAAGGAAUCGCAGAACGAUCAGCAGGAAAGAGACUCCCAUCAAUUUCACCAAAACGUCGUCGUAAUGCGUCACGGAGACCGUGUGGACAACUUCGAGCCGUUGUGGACGACGACAGCAGCUAGACCUUGGGACCCGCACCUAGUAGAGGAAGGUCGGGUUAGGGCAUUCUGUACGGGUCGGAGGAUCCGAAUCGGCCUAGGGUUCCCGAUUCACCGUGUCUUCGUCUCACCUUUUCUCCGUUGCAUCCAGACGGCGCGCGAGGUUGUGUAUGCUCUAUGCGCCGUUGAUGAUGAUCCCUAUAGCUUGUGCUCCAAAGAUGUGGCUUCCAUCGAUCCCUCCAAGCUAAAGGUUUCUAUUGAGUAUGGACUGUGCGAGAUGUUGAACAGGGAAGCCAUCAGAGCUGAUUCAGCUCCUAAAGAUGGGAACUUUGCUUUCAGUAUCUCUGAGCUUCAAGCUUUGUUCCCAGAUGGAACGGUUGAUACUUCUGUGACAAGAGUGUAUGAAGAGUUGCCAAAAUGGGAAGAGACGGUGGAUGGUGCAAGGGAUAGGUAUGCUCAAAUUAUCAAGGCGCUGGCAGAUAAAUAUCCUUGUGAAAACUUGCUGCUAGUCACACAUGGGGAGGCAGUUGGGAUUGCAGUCUCGGCCUUCGCAAAGGACAAAACUGUCUAUGAAGUUGACUACUGUGCAUAUGUGGAACUAAAAAGACCAGUUGAGAGCAAAAAUGAUUCAUUUACUACUGGAGAUUUCGAGGUUCAUACAGAUCACGGUAAAACCGGAGUAAGUUAUGCUGUGGAGAAUCUCUUCUGUUAGCUUUAUUGUCAUUACAAGUUGAGUGGACUUCUGGUUUUACUUGAUUGAAAAAUCCAUUUUCGCUUUGAUAGCUACUGUGGAAAAGGAGUAAUAUUGACGGAGAAAAAUCUUAUUUCUUUGAUGUUAUAUUGUUGAUGGACAUAUCAUUGCUAUUUAUCAAGGAGGGGAACAUGUCUUAGCAUUUGGUUUA